CCCCGUGUCUCCUCUGGGCCCCCGCCAGCAUGGGUCUCCGGCCCCGCCCGCUGCUCGCCGCCCUCCUGCUGCUCCUCUCCUGGGUCCGCACGGUGCGGGGCGACACACCUGCCAACUGCACCUAUUCUGACCUGCUGGGCACCUGGGUGUUCCAGGUGGGCUCCGGCGGUUCUCAGCGCGACGUCAACUGCUCGGUCAUGGGACCAACAGAAAUGAAAGUAGUGGUGCACCUUCAGAAGCUGGAUACAGCCUAUGAUGACCUUGGCCAUUCUGGCCAUUUCACCAUCAUUUACAACCAAGGCUUUGAGAUUGUGUUGAAUGACUACAAAUGGUUUGCCUUUUUUAAGUAUAAACAGGAGGGCAGCAAGGUAACCAGUUAUUGCAACGAGACGAUGCCUGGGUGGGUACAUGAUGUGCUGGGCCGGAACUGGGCUUGUUUCACCGGAAGGAAGGUGGGGUCUACCUCUGAGAAUGUGAAUGCGAACACAGUACACCUUGAGAAUACCCAGGAAAAGUAUUCUGAUAGGCUCUAUAAAUAUGACUAUAACUUUGUGAAAGCUAUCAAUGCUAUUCAGAAUUCUUGGACUGCAACUACAUACAUGGAAUAUGAGACUCUUAGCCUGAAAGAUAUGAUGAGGAGAAGUGGUGGCCACAGCCAGAGAAUCCCAAGGCCCAAUCCUGCACCACUGACUGCUGAAAUCCAGAAAAAGGUUUCAAAUUUGCCAGCAUCCUGGGACUGGAGAAAUGUUCAUGGUAUCAAUUUUGUUAGCCCUGUUCGAAACCAAGAGUCCUGUGGAAGCUGUUACUCAUUUGCUUCUGUGGGUAUGCUAGAAGCAAGAAUCCGUAUACUAACCAACAAUUCUCAGACCCCAAUCUUGAGUCCUCAGGAGGUUGUGUCUUGCAGCCAGUAUGCUCAAGGCUGUGAUGGUGGUUUCCCAUUCCUCAUCGCAGGGAAGUAUGCCCAAGAUUUUGGGCUGGUGGAAGAGGCCUGCUUCCCUUAUACAGGCACUGAUUCUCCAUGCAAGAUGAAGAAAGACUGCUUUCGUUACUACUCCUCCGAUUACUACUAUGUGGGAGGUUUCUAUGGGGGCUGCAAUGAAGCCCUGAUGAAGCUUGAGCUAGUCCAUCAUGGGCCCAUGUCGGUUGCAUUUGAGGUCUAUAGUGACUUUCUCCACUACCGCAAGGGCAUCUACCACCGCACUGGUCUGAGAGACCCUUUCAACCCCUUUGAGCUGACUAAUCACGCCGUUCUGCUUGUGGGCUAUGGCACCGACCCAGCUUCUGGGAUGGAUUACUGGAUUGUUAAAAACAGCUGGGGCCCUAGCUGGGGUGAGAAUGGCUACUUCCGGAUCCGCAGAGGAACCGAUGAAUGUGCAAUCGAGAGCAUAGCAAUGGCGGCCACACCGAUUCCUAAAUUGUAGAGUACACCUCCUAGGAUUUUAUACUGAUCAUCAUCGUUCGUAAUAGGUGAUUGAUUUAUUCACAGACUUGAGAUAUACAGCAGCAAUUUCAGAAGCUUACAGAUAGAUUCCUAUGAAGAUUUUUGCCUCUAAAAUUAAAAGUGCCCUUAAUCGUAGUAUACCUUCCCAUCAACCCCUGGCCUGCUUUUUUCGAAGUACUCAGAUAAAUGAGAUUCUUACAGGUGAUGGUGAGCUGUGAAGUAAUGGAUUUUGCUUAAUUGUAAU